AUGUAUUUUUCUGUGGUAGAACGCAUUGCAGCGGGAGAAAUGCCGACUUGGGCAUUAAAGCCUGGACAGGUGGUGUACAUCACGACGGGAUCUCGCAUUUCGGACGAGACUGACGUUGUUGUGAAGAUCGAGGACACAUGGAGUGGACAGCAAAGAGUUGGGGAGAGAACUGGCGGUGAACAUCUAGAAGGCUGUAAAGGCAGGCCAGGAUAUUCGUCUCGUUGGAUCGGACAUUUGCUUGGAGAGCUGCCUGUAAUGCGCACGAAGUUGUUUUUGCUGCUGAGAUUGGACAUUUUGGCAACGGCGGGAAGUGAUGGCACAUUGAAAGCCUGUAAUGGGCAUUCUCUCACCCGAUAA